AUGUCGCAAGACCUGGAGAAGCAGGUGCCUAUCCAAGGGGAGUCCGAGCCUGAAGCCCAGGAGAGCCAUGUUGUCCCCGAUACCAAAGAUUUCUCGAAUUCGCCCACGGAGAAGUCGUCGCUCGACCAGCCUGCCCAAAAUGAGCCUCCUAAGCCUGCCAAUCCCUGGAUGGACCCGGCUUCGUUUCCAGACGGCGGUGCGCAGGCCUGGCUCACGGUUGCCGCCGCUAGCGCCUGCUUUUUCGUUUCCUGGGGAUGGAUCAACUGUAUCGGAGUGUUUCAAGACUACUACAUGCGCGCCGAAUUGAAGCAAUACUCACCUAGCACCGUCGCCUGGAUUCCGUCACUAGAAACCUUCUUCAUGUUGGCCACGGGUCCGGUCGCAGGAUUUAUUUUUGACAACUAUGGCCCGACGAAGCUGCUCAUUGUCGGGAGCUUUCUGCACGUCUUCGGUUUGAUGAUGGCCUCCAUCUCCACCGAAUACUACCAGUUCCUCCUCAGCCAGGGCGUCUGCAGCGCCAUCGGGGCGUGUUGUAUUUUCACCCCGGCUGUCUCGUGUGUCUCGACGUGGUUUUUCCACAAGCGGGGUAUGGCUAUCGGCCUGACCGCCGCAGGCAGCUCUCUCGGCGGGGUACUGUUUCCCAUCAUUGUCAGCCGCAUGAUCGACGAGACCGGGUUUCCCUGGGCCAUGCGGACGUGCGCGUUCCUGAUCCUGGGCCUGUGCACCUUCGCCAUCUUCACCCUGCGCUCUCGGUUCCCUCCAACUCGGCGUCCGUGGAGCCUCAUGGCCUUCAUCCGCCCGCUCAAAGAGGUCCCCAUGAUCCUGCUCACUCUCGCCACCUUCUUCUUUUACUGGGGCAUGUUCCCCGUCUUUUCCUUCGUCACGGCGGUCGCCAACGGGCGAGGCAUGUCGAUUGAGCUGGCUCAGUACCUUGUCUCCAUCCUGAACGCCGGAUCGGUCUUUGGUCGAACAUUGCCAGGGUUGUUGGGUGAUCGGGUCGGGCGAUUCAACGUCAUGACCGUGUUCUGCACCCUGACAGCCAUCCUGAUUCUGGCUUUGUGGAUUCCGGCCACCAGCAACGCCGGUCAGCUCGUGUUUGCCCCUUUGUUCGGUUUUGCGUCGGGUGCCGCUAUCGGAUUGACGCCUGCUCUGAUCGCACAAGUGUCUCCGAUUAGAGAGAUCGGGGUGCGAACAGGCACCGUUUUUGCUGCCGGCUCGAUAGGAGCUUUGACCGGGUCGCCAAUCGGAGGAGCACUGAUCACUCGCGACCACGGCGGCUUUCUGUAUCUCCAGUUGUGGGGAGGUUGUGUUUGUAUCGUCGGCUGUGUUUUCUUCCUUCUCGCUCGGAUACACCUGGUUGGCUUCGAGCUGAAGAAGAAAGUGUAG